CCCAUUUUCCCCAUUUUCUCCCAGCAAAAAAACGCCAUUAACGGCUUUCUCUCAACUUCAACAUUCAGUUUAAGCAAAAUUCACACGUUCCAAGCAAAAAGUAUAAGCAAUGAAGCGAAAUUUACAUGCAGAAGCAGCGGAGAUUCUCCCAGCAAUGAAGAAGCAGCUCCGGUCGAAGUUACCACGUCGGAAAAGAUCACAUAUAUCUCCGAUUCUGCGUUCAUUCUCAAUUCCUGCUGCUUCUUCGAAUUUGACGAGUGAAUUUUCACGUGAAUUGAGUGUGAAUAAGGAAACGGUAGUAGUAGUGAAGAAGAAGCGUGAAAUUGAAGUAGAUGAAUUUCGGAGAAUUACUAGAGCUUAUUUGAAGAAGAAGGAUGCUGAAGUUGAGUUAUCCGAGUGCUCUUGUGUUGACUCGUGUUCUGAAAUUGUAGGAAAAAUUGUAAAAAUUGAAGAUCCAGUUGAUAUUUCUCAUGAUAUUGUUUCGAAACAGAAGAGAAAUGCAAAAGUUGUUGAAGGAACUGAGGAUUCUGAUGCAAUUUCGUGUUCUGAAGUUAUCGGAAAAAUCAUAAAAGUUGAAGAUCCCGUUGAGCAGAGGAAUGUAAAAGUUAGUGAACGAACUGAGGAUUCAGAUGCAAUUUCGCGAUUUCUGAAAAAUUCUGGUGGUUUUUACGGUGAAAGUUCAAAAUCCGGAGUUGAUGUUGUUGAAGGAAACAGAAAUACUGAGGAUUCUGAUGCAAUUUCGAGAUUUCUGAAAAAUGCUAGUGGUUUUUUCGGUGAAAGUUCAAAAUCCGGAGUGGAUGUUAGUGUUGAAGGAAGCAGAACUACUGAAAAAAUCAACGACGAAGAUGUCGUUUCAUUCAAUUCAGUGUUGCAGUCGCCUUCUGAGUCGAAAUGUGGAAAUUUAUCAGUUCAAACUAUCAAAUGUACUGAAAACAGAGCAGCGGAAGAAGAUAUCGAGUCCGAAGUUUCACGAAUUUAUCCAGAAGUUGAAUUAUCUGCUCUAGAAAAUGCAAACGAGAAGCUCGUUGAACCAGAAUUUGAUCUAGAAUGUUCCGAAAAUUUCUCCGUCCUUGAUGUUACUGCUGACUAUUCAUCAGCGUAUUCUGAACUUCAGUCGGAGAUUUUCCCUGAGAGUUCCGAUUUCGAUCUCUCUGAUUAUAGUCCGUCGUAUUGGUACGAUUCCGGUAGCCAGUUUUCUGAGAAAUCGAACGGUGACGCUACUCCUUCUCCUACUUUGACGUUGUUUCUUCGGUUCAGUCAACAGUUCUGCCGAUCAACCGCGGCUUUGCAAUUCACUUCCGUUAACUCUUCCGAAGAUCACAUUUCUACUGAAAUCACUGGAUUGAAAGAUGAAGAGGAUGAAGAGAGCUAUAUGCUGAUAAGAAACAGAGAGAGGAGGCAAUUGUAUCUACACGAUUACGCGGAGGAAUACUGUUCCACUACGGAUUCCGGGGAUCUAAUCGUGCAGCAGAGGUUACUGAUGGUUCACUGGAUACUUGAGCAAGCAACAAGGAAGGACCUUCUGAAGGAGACGAUGUUCUUAAGUGUCAAUCUCUUUGACAGAUUUCUAAGUAAAGGGUACUUCAAAACCAAAAGAUGCCUUCAAAUUGUUGGCAUAGCCUGCCUUACUCUGGCAGUCAGAAUCGAAGAAAACCAGCCUUUCAACAGCAUUCGUCAGAAGACAUUCACUGUUGCAGGCACUGCAUAUAGCUGUUCUGAAGUGGUGGCUAUGGAGUGGCUGGUGCAGGAGGUCCUCAACUUCCAGUGCUUUCUUCCCACAAUAUACAACUUCUUAUGGUUCUAUCUUAAAGCUGCUAGAGCUACCGAAUAUAUGGAGAGGACAACUAAAUACUUGGCAGUACUAGCUUUGCUGGGUCAUGAGCACUUGUGCUACAGACCAUCAACUGUAGCUUCUGCAUUGGUGAUUCUUGCUUUAUCAGCUGCCAAUCUUUAUGUCUCCUGCCAUUUGGUCACCAAGACUCAUGCCAAAAUAAAAGACGAAGAUUUACCUGAAUGCAUAAAGAGCUUGGAAUGGUUGGUGAAGUACAUAUGAUAUUAAAGUGGAUCAGCAUCUCAGUACACAUGAUAUGAAGGUGGACCAGCAUCUCAGUCAUCAUCUCAUAUUUUGGAGUAAAUCAGUUUAUUUUCUCAUUCUUUAGCUGAAACUUAUUCUUAGUUUCUUGUCAAAGUCGUGGGUAAUAACUUCAAGUAUUCUUUGAAGUUUGAUCAAGUGAUGCUUACUUCAUUGUUUUGUCCUUGUAACAAUACCAAACAUACACUUCAUGUUACUGUCCUUACCAGGAAACAAGGAUGUAGAAAGAACUUAAAGUGUCUGUUGUAUUCAGAAAGUUAUCAAUUACUAAACAUUUGUUUUGA